CCCGCCAAGGUCUCUACAUAGUUGAAGAGCCUAGCAACCCAGUACACCAUACCUGCAGUAAACGUAACGCUUUGACUCCUCCCGACUUUCCGAACACCGGCACUCUAAACUACAUCUUAUCCGACGCUUCCAGACGCCCCUCGAUUUCGCCUUCACCCCCUCGAGCCUCCACCAGUCUAAAGGAUUUCACUUCACCAUGGCGCAUAUCGCAACUCCUCGAACGGUCUCGGGCGAACUCGGUGGAAAGCACCAGCAGCACAAGCUUAUCCCCGACACUACCGCACAGCCCCGCUACAGCGUCCAACGAACUACGGGCAAGACCUCCACACCGAAAACCCUUCACUCCACUGAAGGACGUGGCGACGGGCAAGCUACCGGCGAAGAAGCGUCUGACGAAGACGAAGACGACGACAGUGCCACGUUACAAGAUGACGACGAGACUGACGACGACAUACCUGUCUCAUACCGGGGUCGUGGGAAAGGAAAGGGCAAGGGCAAAGGCCCUGCCAUCCGCAUAGAGCCCGUCGACGAUGAUGAGACCGACAAGGACGACGAUGAGAUUUCCUCUAAUGGAACUGGGCUUGUUCCCAGCAAACACCCAGUAAAUCAAUUGCUGAUGCAGAACAAGAAGCGUACCUUCAGCAAUCUCUCAAGCAAAUCAGUUCUCUUUGGGGACGAGUCAAUCGAUCAAGAAGUAUUCCCCAGGCGUAAGAUGGCAAGAAAGCUUAGCAACAUGGGCCCCAAGCCCUUACUAACCUACCAAGAGAGUGACACAAAUGAGCACGCUAUCGACAGCGACGAUGAAGAUUACAGCGGUGUCAAUCUGAUUCCUGAUGACGAUGAGUUUGACAUGGAGGCGAUUGAACAGCAAGAAGAGAACUUCAUUACCCGAGAGCAGGAGCAGCAAGCAACUACUCUCCUUAACCAAAUUCGUGAUGCCCGUCGACUCAGCCUCGAGAGCUCUGCUAGUGAUGACAUCUUUGAUGUCACUGGGCCUCUCGGCGAGUCUUAUCUGACUAGUCUGGGUGACUAUGGUUUCGCUCAAUUCUUCGAACCAGAGGCUGUUCCAGCGUCUCCUGAGCCAGCUGCCAAGAGAAAGUACUCAGACAGCUCGACGAAGCGUGUCCGCUUUGACGACGAGGUUCAAGUAUCAGAAGACUCCGAGUCUGAAUCUUCAGAGCUUGACAGCAGUGUGUUUCCAGAUCUGUUCCUUGAACAGGACAAAUUGCCCCCUAUUUUGACACAGCUGUUGGAAGCCGAGAAUGAGGAAGACGGCGACGUAGGCUCUCCCAUGUCCGAUGCAUCGUUCUGGGAUUUCAAUCACGACGAAGGACGUAUCACACAAGCUGACGACUCUGAUAACGAGUCGUCUGCCGGCUCUAGCGGCUACGAAACCGAUGAGGGCGACACCACUGAUGAGGAAGACUUCGGGUCGGACGUACCUCCCCAGACCCCUGUAACGAAGAAGUCCGUGCUGCAACAGCCGCAAUCAGCACCAGGCUCUAGAGCGGGUACGCCAAAGCCUUUCGCCCGAAGCAACCGUCCCACAGGCCGUCAGAUUCCGCCGAUGAGGGGAGUCUUCAUUCACAAGGAGUCAAACGCAGCCAUUGCUAUCACGAACAGAGCUACCAAGACCGUGACAUUUUACCGUCCCCGUGCACAGGCUAUUCCAUGGAUCCCUAUCAACGGCACCCACAGCAGCACAAGCAGCACAGCCAACAACAGCCCCAGGGCCUCGCUUGCUCAAUUCGCCAAUGUUUCAGACAGCGAGGCUGAGGCCAUGAACAACGCGCUCAACAGCACAGACAUCAUGCUGACUGGUGUCUUUGGCUCAGCCCCUGGCAACGAAUACUUCUUCAACGACCACAUUGGACCCCCGGAAGCAUUCUAUCCUUUUGUCAGCCUUGGAUCUAAUGGCAGCAUGGAAGGUUUCGAUGAGGAUGACUACGAGUCUGAGGACUUCGAGGACGAUCUUGACAUUGGAGACUUCAUGGACUUUGGCGACGAUUCUGACAACAGCGGCAUGGAGGAUGAUGGCGAGGAGACUGAUGCGCCCACCACACCAGGUGCUUCUCAAAACAAUGCCGCCCCGGCAGCCCCGGCCGAAGAGACACCGGGCACCCGCAAGAGGACCACAUCGGACGUCAUGCUCGAGCACUUCGACCGCGGCGUCGUCACGGCUUUCCGCAACAACCAGAACCGCUUCCGCGAUGUGGCUUCGCUGCCCUCUGACCCCACAGCCCGCAAUGCUGCCUCGCGUCCAGUCCGAUCUGGCAAGUCUGCCGAUGCUCUCAUCACCCCUCUUCGCAAGCGGUCCAAGUCGAACAGGAUGGCAAAGUCGCAGGUCUCACCACUUGCCAGUGCCGGAAAGUCGCAUGGCUCGAUGGCCGCGCCCCGCCGCCCACCCCCGAGAAUGGGCACCUUUUCUAAAGCGUAAACACCACAGAGUCAGACCGUGGAGAGCUAAAGAAAAACGAGGAAGAUCUACGGAGGAUGUGCGGGCACCUAAACCAGACGUCCUAACGACGCUACGAUAUCUACGACAAUUUC